CCACAUCUCGGAUACAAACGCCUGGCUGACCUGCACUGUACGUGUUACAGUAGUUGUGCAACUCAGCAUUUUACUCACAACUAUGGGAACCGGAGAGGAAAGAAGUGAUAUUCAACCUUAUUCUGAAGGUGUAAUGGAAAAAGAAGAACUUUGAUGCUCUGUGGUAAUUGUAACCUCCAGAGGUCGCGGUGUUUUUGCUGCUUUUUAAAACAUUUUUUUGUUAUUGUUUCAUUUUGAUUUUUGCUUUUCAUAGAAACCUAGGAAUAUUUGAGUGCCAGGCUCUCAAAGGGAAGCCCAUCGGCUGUGGUUUGGCAGAUUGACUUUUAAAGCAGUAAUGGCCACUGCAAGGCUUGAUUACGUUGCUCCGUGGUGGACAUACUGGCUGCACAAUUUCCCUCACUUCAAUUUCUUGUUCCAGUCGGUCGACAGCACUUUCAAACCGGGGGAGGCGAGCUAUCAGCAGUCUUUGAUAUUUCUAGCAUGUGUUGGUGCCGUGGGUCUUGGUCUGAGCCUGCUGGUUCUGGCAAUAUUCCUGGUGUGCUUGUGCUGCUGCCGAAAAGACGUAGAUGAAGACACCAAGAGGCCUAAUACCUGUUGUGUCACCUUGGUUGCUGUUGUCACUGGUCUCAUCAUAUGCUCGGCUGUAGGAGUGGGUUUCUAUGGGAACAGUGAGACCAACGACGGGGUGUACCAGCUGACCUACUCACUCUACAAUGCCAAUCACACAUUGGGUGGCAUCAACAAUCUGAUUUCAGGAUCUCAGGGCAGUGUGGGAACUGGACUUAAAGAACACCUUGAACGCCUGGAUGAGAUAUUUGCCACAAGGGCUGACUACCUCCAAGCUCUGCGCUUCUUGCAGCUGAUGGUCAACAAUGUCAUCCGUGAGCUGACUGCUCUGCCAGACAUUAGCAAAACCAAUGUUGACUUGGCAGUCAUUGCGGACCAAACGGCCUUCAUUGAGUAUUACAGAUGGCUGAGUUACCUGCUGCUGCUCAUCGUGGAUCUGGUCAUCUGCUUGGCCAUGUGCUUGGGGAUGGCGAAACACUCUCAAUGUCUGCUUAUCACGAUCAUGGGUUUUGUUGCGCUGUCUCUGAUCCUGAGCUGGGCCUCGCUAGGAGCUGCUACUGCUACAGCUGUGGGCACCAGUGACUUUUGUGUGUCUCCGGACAAGUUUAUUGUUAACCAAACCAAGGAUUUCCUCAGUACAGAUGUUGCACACUAUUAUUUGUUCUGCAGGCCGAAUCUACCAAACCCCUUCCAACAGUCUUUGACAAUCUGCCAGCGUUCUCUGACCACCAUGCAAAUCCAGAUCCAGGGCUUGCUGCAGUUCUCUGUGCCCGUCUUUCCUACUGCUGAGAGGGACCUUUUGGGGAUCCAGCGACUGUUAAACUCCACUGAGUUCAGCCUGCACCAGCUAACAGCCUUCCUAGACUGCCGUGGGCUACACAAGGACUAUCUAGAAGCCCUGAUGGGUGUGUGUUAUGAUGGGGUGGAAGGGCUCCUCUACCUCUCUUUGUUUUCUCUUCUGGCUGCCUGUGCACUGUCUACCAUGCUGUGUGCAAUUUUCCGAGUGUGGACACUAAUGGGCAGCAGGGAAAAGGAGUAUGAUGACAUAGAUGAGGAAGACCCGUUCAACCCCCAAGCGCAGCGGAUAUCCUAUAACCCCAGAAGGUCCAACACACACAGUUUCUGUAGCUAUACCAGCAGCCUUGGCAGCCAGGCCAGCCUUCAUCCACCUCCUCAGUCUGCUUCUAAUAUCAUGCCACCCCCUGAAUACAUGAAUCAGUCUAUGCUGUUUGGAGGGACUCCUCGAUAUGAGAACGUGCCACUGAUAGGGAGAGGAUCCCCACCUCCCUCGACUUUUAUUAACAUAUUCACCCAGUAUGAGGACCACCUAUCUAUCUAUGACUGACGCCCAGAUCAGACACUUCGGGACAGACUUCCAGGUGUAGCCUGCUACCUACCGAAUCCUUUUCAGAGCUUCUGUCUGAGACUUUGGGCUACAACCAAGAGUGCUGUCAUCAUGGCAUAAUCCUGUUUAUUGGAGCGUUGGCCUGCUGUCCCAGUCUGAGACAUGACAGCCGGGCAUAUGAGGCGAUUACCUCAGUAACACAUCCUUGCAGUGCUGGGAAAGCCCUGAAUUGCAGUUACGAACAAAGAGGGCCUGUACAGGUUUAUCACAGACUGUUGUCAUGAUUUAUGGAAAUAUUACAUAAUUACUCAAAUGUAAGCAUUUCUAUGAGCCAAAUCAAGCCUUUGAACUGAAUGAAUCAAAAAAUGUUUUUUUGUUUGUUUGUUUGUUUGGUUGGUUGGUUGGUUUUGCUAUUUCCAAUAUUCUGGUGUCGUGGACAUGGACAUAAUCAUUGGUCAGUAUUUUAUCAGGAAUAUGACUAUGAAAAGACCUUCCAUCAUAACAUUUGGAUUUUUUUUUUUUGGUCUGUUUUGCAGCAGUUGGAUAUCUUUACUGUUCUGGCCUUUUUGCUAUUUCAAAUAGUGCAACAUGACAUGACAGAGAUCUUUUAAACUGCAGCAUGCUAAUGAAAACUGCUGCAAACCAAAUACUGUGGGGCUUUUCUUAGAAGAGCCAAAGAUGUCUUUAAUGAUAAGUCAAAUACACAUUGAUGAGGGGAAAUUCCUCUGAAUUCAUUUAGCACGAUGUAAUAAAUUCUAACACCCUGGCAUUUACAAGUGUGCUGUGACUGUGCCACAGCAAGGAAGACAAUUAAAAUAUAAUUAUCAAUCCAUCAAAGCAGUUGCUGUGUUCUGAUAAUAUUUCAUUUUGAAAUACAAAACCCAGUGCCACUAGAAAGAGUCAGCUGGUAAAACAUGAACUGAAUAUGCAAAAAUUUGAAGUUUGUUGUCAGAUUAAUGUAGCCACUAAGUCUUGUGAAUGAGAAGUCGUCUUUUGCAUUAUUGGAGAAAUCUGCUGUAUGCUGUUUUCUAUCUUGGAUAAUGUAUCAAACGCAACUAAUGUUUGUACAUAAAGGGUUGUAUUUAGAUUCAUUGAUUCCUUGUUUGCUGUUUUACUCUCACUGUGAUGACCUAGAAUGACACAAACUGAUGGCAAUAGGCUAAUUGGAUUUGAUGUGACCUGUUCCUUAAGAAGUCACAUGGGGCAAUACCCUUGGUCUGUGCCAUAAAUCUAAAAAAACCAACAAAAAAAACAAGUUUAUAAAUGUAUCUGCUCCAUAAAGCUUCUUACAAAUGCUGAAAACUGUCAGAGACUUGUUUCUCAGUCAUAUUCAAGUGUCUUUGCUCAGCUUUCAGAAGGAGCAAAAAGACUGCGGUUUUCAGUAGUUCUCAAAAUCAAACUCUUUCAAACACACCUAGAAUGCAGUGUCAUCUCUGGCUGAAAGCACUGUCUUCUCUGGUUGAAACUUUCAGUGUUUCAAAUCUGAGUGCAAUAAAACUGUUCUUCAUA